AUGUUGCUCUAUGCCUUUACUCUUUUUAUUUCGAUUAUAGGCACUUGGAUAUAUCUAAAAAUUGUGGAAAAUAGAAAAAAAAAAAAAAAUUAUUUAUUAUUAGAAAAGGAUGACUUAGCUAGCAUAAACAAGCAAGACGAAAAAAACUGUGAUUCUGUGUCAAGUGAAAAAAAAAAUAUAUUUAAAAGAAAAUUUGUCAAAAUGGAAAAUAGUAUACCGUUUUAUGAUCACCCCCAUGGCAGCUGCUUAGAUGUGGCCUCAAGGAAUCAUGGAACGGAUUCUAUCAAACUGGUUACUAGUGAAAAGAAAAUCAAUUCAGACACAUUAGCAGGGAUGACAUUUGAAGUAGAUAGUACCCUCCAUAUGUCUAGUAACCAUGUGGAUGAACAGACAAAACGGGAAUCCCCAAUUGGAUUAGAAUUCGAUUCUCCACCAGGAGAGUCACUCGAAGAAACACCCAAAAUGAGGAUAGAAGAAUCCACGGAAAAAAAUCUCCUAAUGGAUGAGAGUCAAACUGAAGAAACUAGAGCUGAUGAAAGUUCACUUGAAAGAAUUGCACAUUACAGCGAAAAAGAGAAAUUUCAGAUGACAGAAGAAAAUGUCAGCUACAAUUCAUGUAGUCUUAUAAAUGCAAGUUCUGAAAAUGUUAAGAACGGGUCCAAUGAUAGGGAAGUAGUACAAGAUGUAGAAGAAGGAGAUAUUAGACAAAAGGAAAAUAAUACAUUUAACAAAAUGACCUCGUACACAUGUGGAAUGAAGUAUAUGGAGGAAGAAGUAAAACAAAGUGAAUCCCAUGUUGAAAAAAAUAUGAACAAUAAGGUGGAUAAUCACAAAACCAAGACUAAUCAGUUAGAUGAUGUGAGUAAGUCAAGUUACUUAUUCAUAAAGGAGAAAAAGAGUAAUACAAAGGGAGAAAGCACAAAUGAAAAAGUAGAUAAGGAAGAAAUGAACACACACUUGAGAAAUUAUUAUAGUGAUAAUUGCUUAACCAAGGAAGAUAAUCAGAAUUCUAGUUCGUAUUUAAGUUCAUCUAGAGAAGCUGAUAACUCUGAGAAUACUAGCUAUAAUGAUUAUGAAUCCGGUAGAAGUGAUGAUUCUGCAAGUGGAAGAAGUUCAUCUGUUAUGAGCGAUAACAGUCCCAGUAGCAAGCUGGGCGAUGAUGAUGAUGAUGAGGUGGAUGAUGAUGAGAUGGAUGAUGAUGAGAUGGAUGAUGAUGAGGUGGAUGAUGAUGAGAUGGAUGAUGAUGAGAUGGAUGAUGAUGACGUGGAUGAUGAUGAUGAGGAAGACAAUAACGGCUACCGUGAUGGUGGUACAUUUUACCGGGAAAGGAAAGGCUCUAUGAUGAAUUCUGAAAUAAAAAACAAAAGCGUUGAGGAAAUAAAGGAAUCAGGAAAUGAAUACUUUAAAAAAGGGGAAUAUACGAAGGCCAUAUUUUACUAUAAUAAUGCUUUAAAAAAAUGUAAAGAAAAGAAUAUAAAAUCGAUACUGUAUUCUAAUAGGGCGGCGUGCAAUUUGUGUCUAAAAAAGUGGAAUGAGGUGGUUGAAGAUUGCAAUAAAUCAAUUAAUUGUAAUGAGAAUUAUGUGAAAUCCUACAUACGUAGAAGCAAUGCUUACGAACAACUGGAAAAAUACAAUAAUGCAUCUAACGAUUUAAAUAAAGCUAUAUCUAUGGAUUCUUCUUUACUAGCGAAUUAUGAAAUGAAACAAAAAAAAUUAAAGAUCCUAGCGGAACAACAAUUAAACAAAGAAAAGGAAGAAAUGGUGGGAAAAUUAAAAGACUUUGGAAAUUUACUAUUAGGAAAAGUUGGUUUAUCACUUGAUAAUUUUGAAGUGCAAAAAAAUCCAAACAAUGAUGGUUCUUUUAAUAUUCAGUUUAAGCAAAAUAAGUAA